AUGAAAGAAAUGUAUUUGACUAGUGUUAAUUUGUUCUGGAAGCAAGUUCAAACGGAUGAGGAAGUUGCUGUUGCACUGGCUGAAUAUCAGCGCAAACGAGUUUACAUCGAUUUAAAAAUGAGCGCAGUUGAGAGCUAG